AAACAAUCUCCUACUCACAAGGUGCCGUAUCUCAUAUAUAUAUCUAUAGUGGAUCUAUAUACAUAUAUGGGGGAUAAUCAACGAUAAAGUGUUUACUCAUACUGUAAAUCUACCAUAAAUAUGGCCCUUUUCAAAUCACAAUCAAUCGCCCUAGAUGCCAUCCGUGCCUGGGGUGGUGAUGAGUACGUAGAUGGUGACGAACCCUUUAGGACAGCCUCGGGGUUAAACGCCAUCCAGGCAGUGGCGGAUAUACUACCCACCUUAGGAGCAGUGUCGACUAAGCGUGCCGUUAAGGCGACUGAUGCCAAUCCGCUGUUCUCAGUUACGGAUUUUCAGCCGUUUCCAAAGGAACUCCUCGACCUAUUUAAAGCCGCGGGUGGUGAAGUCGAACAACCCAGCGAUCUGAACGUGGGAUUGGUCGGAUUCCUCCACCAAGCUUAUUUCGUCACUGAUAACAAAAUAGUUUUCUGGGAUCUUAAAACCCACCAAAUAGCCUACUAUGAGGGAACGCAUGAUGCCAUUAUCGAUGUGGUCUGCCUACACACCGCCACAGACACACUCGGCUCAGCGCGUGUGCAUGCGUUGGUACUGUACACACAGCAGGAGAUGUUAGUGCUCUAUUGUGCUUUUGAUACGAAUGGGCUGCUUCAGGUCACCCCCACACCCUUUGUGGUGCCUUUGAGAGACAUACACGUUACGAAGCUGGCAACGAGUGCGUGUGGGCGUGUGUUUGUAGGCGGCGAAGACAGUUACGUCUACGAACUAGUAUUCCGGAAACAAGGUGCUUGGCCUGGAUGUGAGAAGGCUCAGCUGGUGCCUCUGACGUGCAGCGCCUGGGGCAAGACUAUGCGGGCGUUGAUACCAAACGCACUCAGAAGUAUCGUGCAUCCCAUUGUGGAUCUCAUGGUGGACAAUAAAAGAGGAAUAUUGUACACCCUCAAUACUAUCGAUGACAUCGAAGGCUGGGUGUUCCAGAGGGAGAGCGGGUCAGCAGUUACUUCCAUCGGACGAGUUUCAGGAGUGCACAUUCAUCAUCAGAGUCGAAACCCAGGCGAGGACUCGCCAAGUGAGGACUCCUAUAUCGCGGCCCUGUUGUCUAACCCAAUCACCAGGGUUUACGACAGCGCAAACCCCACACCCGACCUCAUAGCCAUCACAAACACUGGCAGACGAGUGUACAUCACAGCAACCGGUGAGCAGGAACGAGCACUGGUGCGGCGACAUACUACUCGUGGCACAUCAGCACAAGCGCCCGCCUCCGGACACCAAACCGCCAAUCAAAAUCAGCACACAUUAAAACAAGCCGACCACUCUACCUACAUGAAAAAUGACGAUGCACCGCCGCAUCCGCGUGCACAUGCGAACGAGACCGCGCAUUCUCAGGGAUUUCCUAAUAUGGGAGCGGAUUAUACCUACCGGAUAGUCUACAGGCGGCUUGUGCUGCUCAGUACCAAAUUUGUGGCGCCGACACCCGACCCCAUCAGCGUCUCACAGGCCGUAUUCACGUCAG